AUAUUUAAAAAAAAAAGGAAAAAGUAAAUUAUAUUUGCGAUAUUGUAAAAGUACUUUACACAAGAUAUUAACGUAAGUAUUGAUUAAAUUUUGAGAUAAAUAAUUGAUAACAAAAGAGGGCGCUGGAUGGCGCAUUAAAACGAACAUGGUUUUUACGCAUCAUAUCACGUUACAUUUUUACACACUCUAUUUCGUGUAAAUGAAAAAAAAGUAUAACUUGUUUUUCGUUUCUUGAAAUUAUAUUUCGAUAUAAUAUCAUUUUUAAUUAUUUCUUUUUUAUAGUGAUAUAAACACAAAAGUAUAUGGUGUGUGAAAGUGAAUGAUAUAUUUUUAACUUGGACCCAUUAAAUAGGCUAUGUUGCAAAUUUAAGUAGUAAUCUGAAUAUAAUUUGGAAAAAGAGAAGGAUAAUUAAAUAUUAGCUGAAAAUAUUUAUAUCCAUAAAAAGAAAUGGAUGAGUUACCAAUUACCGAAAAUCAGUUAUUACAGAAACAUAAGCGAGAACGGAGAGAAUUACAAGCUCAGAUACAGGUAUUGAAGAAAUCAAUCUGUAAAGGUGAUAAAAAGAAGAAAAAAGAAGUUACAGAUGAAAUUGCACGUAAAGAAGAAAAUUUAGAAAGGAAGCAAGAUGAAGAAUUAGCAAGGUGGAAAAUAUCCCAAGUUACACUGAAUGAUACAGAUGCAGAGAAUUUAGAAGAAACAUGUGAUAUAAAUGAUAUAGAAUCGAAAGAAUCUGAGAGAAUACAACAGAGAAUUUCUAAAGCUCAACGAAGAAGGUAUAAAAAAGAAAAUGCAGAAAGAGAACGUAAUCAAAGAAUUAUAGAGCAGGAAGCAUUUGAUAUAUAUGGUAAGAGAAAUGUUGAGAUGCAAUCUAUACAAAAAAUUCUUUACGAACGUGAUUUAACGUUAUAUGAAAUUCCAAGUGAUGGUCAUUGUUUAUACAAUGCAGUUGCACAUCAACUUAAAAUACUUGGAGAUAUUCCAUUUAGCCUAUGUGAUCUAAGAAUGAAAACUGCCAUAUAUUUAAGACAAAAUAGAAAUGAUUUCUUACCAUUUAUUUCAAAUCCAGAUUCUGAUCAGUUAUUGUCACCUGAGCAGUAUGAAAAAUAUUGUAAUGACAUAGUUGAAACUUGUGCUUGGGGUGGUGCAAUUGAGUUGCAAGUACUGUCGCGUAUUUUGGAACGUCAAAUUGAGGUCAUCCAAGCAACAGGUAUCCCCUAUAUCGUUGGAGAUGAAUUCAGUAAGAAAAAAAGAAUAAUAUUAACUUACCAUCGUUACAUGUAUGAAUUAGGUGCUCAUUAUAAUUCUGUUACAAAAUUUGUAAAAGAAGAUGAAAGCUGAUCAUACAUUCUAUUAUACUUAAACAACAUUUAUCUUAAUACGAACAUGAAUGUAUUAUAUAACGUGAUAAAUAAUUCUGAUUUAAUUUUA